AUGCCUAAUGCUGAGAAUGUGGCAGCAAAUGGAAAUGGAAAUGAAAAUGGUGGCCAUACGAUGCACGGAUUGGUUGAGCAAUUCCUGAAGCUCCAACCCCCGAAGUUUAUCGAAACUGGAGAUCCCGAAGAAGCAGAAUCCUGGAUCGAUGAACUCCAGAAGGCAUUUGAGCUUUUGAGAUCAUUCAACGGAAAGUAUUUUUCCGAAUGUGCUCAUGACCGAAAGAUGAAGGAAUUCUUGCAACUUCAGCAGAACAACAUGACAGUCGACCAGUACGAAGCAAGGUUCGCUCAAUUAUCGAGGUACGCCCUUAAAUUUAUUGAAGAUCCAGUGGAAAGGGCAAAAAGAUUCCGAGAUGAUUUGAGCCCAGACAUCCAGAGACAGUUGGUGCCGCUGAACCUCAAGAAUUACAACGAGCUGUAUGAACAAGCCCAGCUGGUGGAAAAAGAGUCCCUGGAACGAGUUGCCACUGCGACUAACCAAGGAAAGCCCUAUCAUCCGGCUUCUCAAUCCAACCAGUAUCAUGACAAGAGACCGAUGUCGGGAGAAAACCGUUUUUCCACUCCCAACAAGAAGAUAAAAAAUCAGAAGCCAAUUUCCACUGCAGGCGAUGCAUGCCAUACUUGUGGAAGGUUUCAUGGAAAUGUUCUGUGUCCAAAACAGACAGGAGCAUGUUUCGGCUGUGGUCAACAAGGCCACCGCAUAAAGGAUUGCCCGUAA